UCCAUUGUACAGUGCAAAGGAACACUCAUCGGGUAAAGGGUAGAAAGAAAGAAAGAAAGUAUGGGUGAAUUACAUUCAGAAGAAGAAUGGAAGAAAAAAUUCCCAGCAUUUCCAUUCAAGCCCUAUUCUAUUCAGAUCGAUUUCAUGAAUGCGCUUUACCAGUCACUCGAUAGAGGAGGAAUCGCCAUGCUCGAGAGCCCCACCGGCACUGGCAAAACUCUUAGCAUUAUUUGUAGUUCCUUGCAAUGGCUAGUUGAUCAGAAGCAAAAGCAAUAUACUGAAAAAGCUGCUGUUUGCGUCGAUCAUCGCCACUCUGGUUCAGAUGACGAACCAGAUUGGUUAAGAAAUUUUGAAAUAAACAAAGAUGAUAAAGAAGACGAACAUAAAAAGAUAAACUAUAACAACAACAACAACAAGAAGAAGAAUAAAACUACUGCGAUAGGACCACGGAGAGAUUUGCUCAAUUCAAGUGAGAAAGAUGAUGAUAUCCUUAAGGAGAAGGAAGGAAAUGCUGAGGGAUUAAAUGACAACGAGUUUUUAGUUGUGGAAUAUGAGUCUGACGAUGAACUUGAGUCUGGAAGCGGUCAAUCCAAGAGGAAAUCUGGUGAAGUUUCAUUUAGUUCAUCCAGCGAUGAGGAAGAAUCGAAGGAGAAUGGAUUUGAUUAUGGAGAAGAAGAAGAGGAGGCACGAUUGAAAAUAUACUUUUGUAGCCGAACACAUUCGCAGCUUUCUCAGUUUGUUAAGGAAUUGAGAAGGACUGUUUUCCCUGUAGAAGUUAGAGUUGUAUGUUUGAGCUCAAGAAAGAAUUCUUGCAUUAACGAAGAGGUUCUGAAACUUGGAAACCCUAGUCGAAUCAAUGAUCGUUGCUUGGAGCUGCAAAAGCAUAAGAAAGAUAACAUUUCCAAAAAGAAGAUCACAAACGGUGGAGGAAGAACACGUCGAACUAAGGCUUCUUCUUGUGGAGGUUGUCCAAUGCUUAAGAAGCAUAAGGUACAAAAGCAAUUUAGGAAUGAAAUAUAUGAAGAAGGUGUUCUAGAUAUUGAAGAUCUUGUUCAUCUUGGAAAAAGAUUGGGAACUUGUCCAUAUUAUGGCUCGAGAAGUAUGAUUCCGGCUGCAGAUCUUGUUAUCCUUCCCUAUCAGUCACUUCUUUCUAGAGCAUCGCGGGAAUCACUCGGUCUAAAGCUAAAGAAUAACAUUGUUAUAAUAGACGAGGCUCAUAAUCUAGCUGACAGUCUAAUCAGCAUGUAUGACUCAAGGAUCACUUUGUCACAGUUGGAUCAUGUGCAUUCCCUAUUGGAGAGUUAUUUUGGCCGAUUUCGAAAUGUUUUAGGACCUGGGAACCGCAGAUACAUACAAACACUCAUGGUCAUCACAAGGGCGUUUACUCGUAUUCUACACAUUGAAAAUCCUACAAACGCAACUGAAACCUCUGAUUCAUCCAUGGCUAUCAAUGAGUUCUUAUUUUCACUCAACAUUGACAAUAUAAACUUGAUCAAGUUAUUAAGAUAUAUUAAAGAAAGCAACAUCAUUCACAAGGCAAGUGGAUAUGGAGAUAGAACAAGUAGUUUGAACAAGGAAUCAGCACCCUCAAAUGCAGAAAAUAGCAUCGAAGAAGGAAGCAGCGUAUCUAGUUUUCAAGCAUUGGCUAAUAUUCUGAUGGCAUUGAAUAACCGAGAUGGAGAUGGUAGGAUAAUCAUUUCAAAGACAAAUCAAGGAGGUGAAUAUCUCAAAUAUGUGAUGCUUUCAGGAGAAAAGAUAUUUUCCGAGGUUACAAAUGAAGUGCGGGCAGUGAUUCUAGCUGGAGGAACUUUACAGCCAAUAGAAGAAACUCGAGAACGAUUAUUUCCAUCGUUAAAACCAGAUCAACUACAUUUCUUUUCAUGCAAUCAUAUAGUUUCACCCGACAGAAUUUUACCUCUCGUGGUUUCCAAUGGUCCAACAGGUCAAUCUUUCGAUUUCAGCUUCGGCUCAAGAAGUUCACCAACUAUGAUCGAGGAGCUAGGACUUUUGAUCUGCAAUUUAGUAACAGUCAUUCCCGAGGGAAUAGUUGUGUUCUUCUCUUCAUUUGACUACGAGACUCAAGUUCAUGAUGCAUGGAAAUCAAACGGGAUCAUUUCGAGAAUUUCAAAGAGAAAACGUCUAUUUAGGGAACCUAGAGGGAACAAGGACGUUGACGUCAUUUUGAAUGAAUACAAGAAUGCAAUUAUAAACGAGCAUGGUUCGAUUCUUCUAGCUGUAGUGGGUGGUAAAGUUUCGGAAGGAAUUAACUUUAGCGACGGAAUGGGUCGUUGUAUAAUCAUGGUUGGACUUCCUUAUCCUAGUCCGUCUGAUAUCGAGUUGAUCGAAAGGAUUAAGCAUAUCGACGGUCUUGUUCGCGAUGAUUUGAAAACCGGGAUGAAUGUGUUAAGAUGUUGUGGACGAAGGGGAAAAGAGUAUUACGAGAAUCUUUGCAUGAAGGCUGUAAAUCAAUCUAUUGGGAGAGCGAUACGUCAUAUAAACGAUUACGCGGCUAUUUUACUGGUGGAUUCGCGUUAUGCUGCUCCGGGUUCUUCACGUUCAACAAACAAGCUUCCACAUUGGAUAAGAAACCGUCUUUCUGCGACAGAUAAGUAUGGAGAAGUUCAUAGACUUCUCCACCAGUUCUUUAAGCUAAACAAAAGCCAAGCAAAGCAAUGAAAGGCAAACUAGAAGAUAAAUAGUGCUUGCAGAGAAUUACCAAAUCCAACAUUUUUGUUUGGAGGGGAUGGGAAGAUCAAGGGAUGAAGGAAGAAUGGAGAUUGAUGAGUUGAGGAAGAAGAUGAAGGAAAUGGAGAAGAUGAUGAUGGAUUUUGAUUUGAAUGAUGAUGUUAUGGACAUUGAAGAAGUUGGUUACUUCUUUUCAAAGCUUACUUGCCCGUUUUAUCUUGAAAUGGUGAGAAGUUUUUUCAUGGAUGUAUAUUUUGAGUUUAUGUCUCCUCUUCCUCAGCCUUCUUCUUUUCCUUAGAUAAGUGAACUCUGUUGUUUACUUUUUCUUUGAUAGUGUACAAGUGCAACAUUGUUUGCUCUUUAUA